UGGAGCUGGGAGGUGGAUAGCUAAUGUAAUGUACCUUGCCUUGGUCACUGACGGGUUCACGCCAGUUCACCCGGUUCAUUUGAGGAGAGCAGCCACCCCCUUGUUUUUUUUUUUACUCGACUCUGAUCCUCUUCAGCUGAAAAGCGACGCGAUCGGAGCUGAUCCAGAAUAAUUCAUUCCCAGAUUUUAAUGCCGGAUUCCAUUUCUGCUGAGCCUCCGCCGCCGCCGCUGAGGUUCCCGGAUAGCUAUUAAACGUGUGUAUGUGACCGUCGUCCAGAGGUGGCAGAAGGCAUGAAGCAUCACUGUGACGUUCUAGGGGCUUGUCCAUGACACUAGACUCCACUCAACCUUCUCCACUAUUCACCUGCCCUCUGUUCUCAUCACGCCAGACAACCAGUCACUCACUGUCCUCUUCACGCAAAGCUGCAAUAUGGCCAGCAAGAGGAAAUCCACUGUGCCCUGCAUGAUACCAUCCAAAUCCAAACAUGUGCGCGAGGAAAUUAUACUGGGCUCACUACCAGAACUCCUACCAACAAUCCCAGAAGAUGACAUACUCAGCAUCUCUGGAGAGGAGUCUGGCCAUUUCUCUAACAUCUCCUCCAAAUCUGAAAGUGAAACGCAGAAAGGCGGUACAUAUAGCUGCGUCUCUUGCCAGUUUGAGUCCAGAGAUCUCAAUUAUUUUUUAGAUCACAUGCACAACUGCCACUUGGACUUCAGGGCCCAGCCCAUCUUCUACUGCCUGAACUGUGGGGUGUCAGUUGUCCGCUUUGAGGCUCUUGCACUGCACAAUGCCAAUGCUCACCCUAAGAUAAUGGAGGGCUUGGUGACUGCCUCCCUAAGUGUCAACAAGAGAGAUGGAGUAACUACAGUGGAGCAAAGCCUCUUCACCAACAGUGGAGAAGAAUACAGAGAAUCUGGGAUCUCGCUUACCAAAACACCAAUAGCCAAGAUGAUGAAAGCCAAAGGGGAGCACAAAAAGAUUGUGGUUUCUCACACUGUGGAGCUACGGAAAAUAGACACUGGAAAGGACGUAGACCCCAGCAUGCUGACUAAUGUGCCUGAACUCCAAAAUGGGGCCCUCAGUUCCUCUGGUGCCCCAGCUAUGCCGAGGACCACUGUCACCCAUGUGAUUGCAACGACAGUGUCCAACCAAGUCUUUCACCAGCAGACUCCCACCCUUUACUCUCCCCUCUCUUGUGACUCAAAUAAAGAUUUUCCAAAGGUAAUGAUCCCUCUCAGCAGCAUCCCUACCUAUGAUGCCACCAUGGACACCAGCAGUUUUCUCAAGACAUCCUUUGGCAAAUUCCCCUACCCGACCAAAGCCGAGCUCUGCUACUUAACUGUGGUUUCAGAGUUCCCCGAAGAGCAAAUCAAACUAUGGUUUACUGCCCAAAGGCUAAAGCAGGGCAUUAGUUGGUCUCCUGAAGAGAUCGAAGAGGCCAGAAGAAAGAUGUUUAACACUGUUUUCCAAGGAGGUGCACCCCAGAGGCAGCCUGUGACACCAAGGCAGGUUAAUCACAUUGUAACCCACCACACUGUUACUGCCCAUCCAGGUACUAAAGGACCAAAUCUUCAAAUGGCCAAAGUUCCAUUUGGCAGUACUAAAACCAGGCCUGUUGGAGUCAUAGCCAGUCCAGCCAGCAUAAUGACCAAGCCCCAGGUCACAAGGGUCUCAUAUCCUUCUCCAAUUGCCCCCCCAAAGUUUCCUACAGUUGUCCAAACAAUACAGGACCCAACCAAAAGUACUGAACCUACUGUGGAGCCAGACAAAAGUAUUGGUUUAGAUGUGGCAGGGAGCAGCAGAUGUGCCAGCAGCAGCAGCAGUAGUAAUGAUGUUGAGAACAGGAAACUGGUGAACAACAGCAGCAGCCCAACCAACAACAUCAAAACCGUUGGCACCUGCUCUGCCAGCAUUAGCAAUAAUGGGGAGCACUGUGCUGCUGACACUAACGGCAAACCAAAUAACAAUUUACCAAUUGGAUCAGAGGUUUCAAAUGGCACCAUGAGUCAAGUGGCCAUCGACAACACCAGCAAAUCCAACGCCCCCUGUAACAAUCACAACAGCAGUGUCAUUGGUGCACCACAGUUGGCCCAAGCCGAAAAACCCGACAACGAAAACAACAACAACUACAUUCACAAUACCGACAACAGUAUUAGCAGCGAAUACCCCAGUUCAACUUGUAACGACAGCGUCUCAAACCAAAACAAUGCUAGCAAAUCCCCAAACAAAACCACCAGCACCACUGUUAUUGCAAAAAGUAAUUCAGCCAUUUUAGAUGUAGAUAAAGACUUUCCUAUGAAAGGCAUGCCAAUCCUACAGCAACUCAUUAAGGAGGAUGAUCCUACUGUUGGAGACAGAGGAGGUUCAAAGGUCAGGGUUGACCCAAUUAAGAUCAACAUUAAGAGGCUGAAGAUGAAUGAACCAAAAGGUUCAUCUGAGGCUGCACAUCAAGAACCCAAGUGUGAGAUUGAAGUAUCUGCCUGUCAUUCAUCUUUUUCCCCACCCUGGGGUAACAAGACCCCACAGCAGCUGCAAAUUCUCCGCCAGGCAUUCUCCAGCACCCGCUGGCCUAGCAGCUUGCAGUACGAGGAGUUAAGCAUCCAGACAGGCCUUCCUAAGUCAGAGGUGGUGCGCUGGUUUAGCGACAGCCGCUACAGCCACAAGAAUGGGCAGCUGAAAUGGCUGGAGACCUAUCAGCAGCCGCCCAUGGAGUGUGAAGAGGUGAGGGGCCACAGGGACUCGAAAGCACAAUCAUCAAAGGACAAUGGUGGUCUGGUGGCCAAGAAGACAUUAGCUGAGCAUAAGAUGAACAAGCACCUUGAAGGAGAAGCAGGGCUGAACUCAUCAAAGAGGGUUGUGUGGCAGGAUUCAUACACCCCGCUGUUGGCUCUGACGAGGUCAGAGGGGGUCGAUGAGCUUGACAGAGCUCAGGAGUUAGAGCGGGACCCCUGGUCAAAGAGAGGAGAGGACAACCAACAGCCAAUGGCAAGUCAGUCACUCAUCGAACAACCAACCGACGUCAAUCAGGCCAGGGAUCGCCUGAGGAUGGAGCUGCUGGAGGUGUGAUGAUCCCGAGAAGCAGGCCGAUGGACGACUGGUUCUGGUCAUCAUAGUUGGAGAAAACAAACAACAUGUGUUCAUAAUGACAGCAGAUGUGAUUGUAGCUGGACCGUUGGACUCUGACUGAAACUGUGAAUACCCCCACCCCCUCCUCUUUUUCCUUCUCUUCUUCCAUCACUUCCUGCCGUCGUCAAAAGAAAACUUCUCACCUUCGAAUCCUGUGAUGUUUAAGCCUUUUAUGCUUCUUUGUGGUUGUGUGGGGAGGGUGCACAAUGAGGUCAGAACGAGGGAUCAAAGAAAAGAAAGACGCACACUGACUGGAAAACUGACUUGAAUGAGAGAAGAUGGGUUGGGAUAUGGCCAUGAGAAAUCGUUUCUGGGCCACUGGGAGAAAUAUAUAUAUAUAAAUAAAUAUAUAUAUAUAUAUAUGACUGAAACUGCACUAUAAAAGAUGGGUUGUACUGACUGGACAAACUAAUGAUGUGUCAUGGAAAUGUUAUUGUUGGCUUUGUGGUAUUUUUUACCUUUUUAGUAACCAGUACUUCAGCACUGCCUUGAAUUUUACUUUUUCCGUUAUUUGGAUUUUCAAUUCUACGUACUCUUCUAUAGUCACUGUAAGUCCAGAUGCAAUCAGACAUGUCUGAUUUAGAUCUGUAAUAAUGUUGGUGAUCACUUUGCAGUUCAGCUACACGCAAGAGACUAUACACAAUGCACUAAUGAAGACAGCAAUGCUUAAAAGAAAAUAAUCACUCUGCUUCACUGUAAACGUAUCGACAGCUUGGUCAGGAUCAAUGCACUACACUGCCCUGCUAACUGAACAGAGAGAAGCCUGUCACGCUACCGUUGCCUUACUCAGCUGUCUGUGUUUAUAUGACCCGUCUGUCCAUCACCUCGCUUUCAAGCUACUGUGCUGUUCCAAAAUAAAGAAAAAUAAUGAAACUAAAACAUGCCAGUGCAUUGAUAGUCACUGUUGGUCUAUAUCUGUGAAAAUAAUGAAAAAAUAUCUCGUGCUGCUUUAUGUACACUUGGAGAUGUUCAACUUUAAGCUGUAAUUGUAUCAAAAAUCUUUACUGGCAAAAGGUUCAAAACUAAAGUACCAAUUUGAUCCCUAGACACUGGCAGAGGGAGAGAUCGUGCUAGCUAGAGAGCCAAAUGUGGGGGUCUUUGCUCUCCUCUGAUUUUAUUGUUUAUAUAGAAACAUCCAGUCACUACAUGAAUUUUACUAAAACUGCAUCUUUGUCAAGCAGCUACUAGCUCAGAACGGUGCUAUACCAUCCAAAGUGAAAUUGGAGGUCGUCUCCUACCAGCAGUGUAUGCACUUGUGUCGAAUGUUACAAACUUAUUUUGGUUUGAGCUCAAUAAAAUCUUGACUUAUGGUGUUAAUGAUCACUUCAAACUUUUAUGAAACCGUCUUUGAUCAUAAAGCACUGUUGUAUCAUCCUUUCUACACUUCUGAGUCUUUACAGAAUAAAUUGAAUACUCACCAAGCA